CAGAUGUCUUGAAUACUAGUUAGUUUGUUUAGUUUUUAGCAUUAGACAGGCAAUGCAAAUAUUUCAGGAUAUUACAAGGUAAUAAUAAUAUAAAAUAUGAGGCAUGCAUGAGUCACAUAAAUUGUUUUGGAAAUUGAUAUAGGUGUAUUUUUAAUCACUGACAAGCACAAAAUUAUCCAUAGUAUCAUCAUUCUUAUCGUAGUUCUAAACUUAUGUGCCUCUAAUUCUAACCAAAAUAUAUUGAGUGACUUGAUGGUAUAAUAUAUUUUUAGCAUCAAUGUAGCUAGAGACCUAGACAUAGACAUUGAAUAGUGUGAAAUAAUGUUAUAUAAUAGCGCGACAACCUCGAACUCGCGGCAGUGCUGUAAACACGAGGAGCGAUGACCCGUGGUGGUGGUGGUGAUCGAUACCGUCGCCAGAACCAAGUUCAAGUUGGCGCAUCGCCAUGACAACCGUCGCCAAACACCACCGUUCUUGGCCCUACCACACCCUUUUUUGCAUACCUGUCUUGAGCGCGGAGAUUGAUACACGAAUUCUCGACGUUCCUGAACUACGUUACAAGUGGUUAUACAAACGAAAGACAGCCGCAUAUAAAAUGAGACUAACAGGUUCUCGAACCUAUACCAGGCCAGCACCCGUGCCGAAGAUGCCCACAGGCCUCAUAGAGUUGAUGGAAGACCUUACUAGAGACGUUUUGAAGAACAACCCAUCCGAUGUUUAUGAGUUUUGUGCUGAUCAUAUGCGCAAGUUGUUGGAUAUAAGGGAUGGUCCUUCUCUUAAACGGCCUUUGACAUUGGAGGAAAAAAUUGCUCGUGCUCAAAAAAUAGUUAAAAAGAGGGGUGACGCUCGCUGGCAGAGAUAUCUCCAAGAAAAGAAAAAUAACAGUAAAGUCCAGUCGGCUCCUGAGAAUAUUGAUGAAACUAAGGCAAAGCCUCCAGUUUAUCCUGAUCUCAAUAUAGAAAAAACUUCUGAAAUAGAAAUAUGUCAUGAACCAGGCUCUGAUAAUGAUUUUUCUGAAGAUCCUAACGUUAAAUAUAAUACAAGCAACACUGAAGUAAACCCACAAUUUUUAGAUAAUACGCAUAUAUCUACUACUAAUGGCACAAUUGAUCCUAAUUCAUCUCUUAUUUCUCAACACUUGGAUAACGUAACCGAAACUGAUUCAAAUGACGUUUCUAAAAACGACCAACCAAAUUUUAAUUUGACUACAGAAACUAUGGCUAAUGUACAAAAUCUUCAGAAUCCACUUUUAAUUGACAAUAAAUCUACUAUAGAUGCUAUACAUGAUGGAUUAUCUAAUGCAACAGAGGUUUCAAACUUAAAAGACGAGGUUAAUGAAAACGUUGACGGUAAAUUAACUCAUGAGACAGCACCAGCCAUUGAAGUGUCUGAACAAGAAAUUGGUUAUCAAGGUAAUAAUUCUUUAACUGACAUGGGCAAAGUUGUAAAUACUGCUGUUGGUUUAUAUAAUAUUGUCAACGAUAGUGCUCGCAGUCCCAUUCAUAAAGCAGAAACUCUUGUAAACGAUGAUAUUGAUAUACUAAAAACACAAGAUAAAACAACCUUCCAAUCUGAUGUUGACGAGAUUAAGGAAAUAAUUGACAGUAAGAUAGUUUCUACCCAACAAUCUGAUCCAAUCGAUAAAGAAACUGAAAAUAAAUCAGAUCAGGAAAAUGAACACCAAGCUUCUAUUGCGGACAUGGGAAAACUUAUAAAUACUACUAUUGGUGUACUCAAUGUAAUUAACAGCCAAAAUUCUGACACUCCAGAUGGGAUAAACGAUUUAAAUAAUAUUGGUACACAAUUAACACAAGGUAAAAAUAUCGACCAAAGAGAUAUUCAUGAGGUUAAGGAAAAGCAACUUAUUUUAUUACAGGGAACUGCACCAUCCGAUAAAGAAAUCGUAAAAACAUUUGAACAGGAACCUGAAGUCCAAGCUAUAUAUUCAUUAGCGGAAAUGGGAAAUGUAAAUACUGCUAUUGGUGUACUCAAUAAUAUUAAUGAUAGUUCUAUACGAAUAGCAGAAGAUAUCGAAGAUAUAAACGAUAAUUAUGAUCUUGAUUUACUAAAAACACAAGACGAAGAACCCUUCCAAACUCAUGUUGAACAAACAGAUAUAUCAUUUAAAAAUACUAUACCACUAUAUACAGAUGCUGAUAAAAAAUUAAAUUUAGAAAUCGAGCACUCUGAUUGUGCUAUGACGAACGAUAACAUUUUAAAAAAUAUUCAAGGUCCUGUAACCGAAAGUUCAUUGAAAGAUAUACAGGUCGAUGGUAAUGCUACAAAUAAAGACAAUGCGUCUGUUCCUUUCAUCGAGAAGGAUUUAAAAAAUGGAGAAAAGAUUAUUCUUGAUGAUUCACAUAUAACUGAUGGUAUAAAAACAUCUCAAAAUGGAAAUAAUGGUCUUGAGUCAACAAUUGUCCACGACAUCCGUCUUGAAAAUUUAAAUAGUAAAAAAUUAACUAUUGAUUCUGGUGUAGCAAGUAGCCAUGAAGUAUUUAUUCAAUCUCUUACGAAUGAUAAGAAAAUUGACGCUUCAUUGGUUCCUGAUGUUGUGAGGAUUUCGGGUUCGGCAGAACCAUUAGUUAAUGCAGUUAUUAUAAAAACAUCUAGUGUGGAAGAAGAGCCGACUGAAGGAAAUAUAAUAGAAAUAAGAAUAAGCCAAGUGGCCGAAGCUUUAAAUAAUGAAGUACCUAUAACUAUGAAUAUUAUAAAAACAUCAGAAACAUCUGAUUUGCCGUUUAACUCUGUUGAUAUGCAUACAGAAGAAGAAAAUGGGGUUCAAGUUCAUUCGAUUCCAGAAGAUAUCGAUUAUGAAUCUAGUGUAACUUCGAUUAAUUUAGAUGACAUUCAGAAUACAAACAUUACGAGUGUAUUAAAGUCGGCAAGUAUCGAUGAAAGUACUGACGGAAUGGAUAAUACUAGUCUGAUAGAAUCUGCAACUUCUGACACAACAGAUGAUAUCAUUUUAAAUAAUGCAAAUAAUAGUACUAUGGAUUUGGAAACAGCGGCGGUGACAAUACAAAAAGUUUUCCGUUCCUUUAUGUUCAAAAGCAGAGCUUCAACAUUUGAUGAUAAUGAUGAAAAUAUUUCUUUAGACGAAGAAAACAAGAAGGAUGAGCCUGAAUUUCAAAUCACUAAUAUCAAUAAAGAAAGAAGAGGUAUAAGUAGAAUGGAUACAGUAUUGCAAACGGUUAAUGAAGAAAAAUCCUUAUCUUUAUCUACUGACGAUUCUUCUACUUUAUCCAGCGCUGCUACUAUCAUACAAGCUCAUGUAAGAGGAUUUUUAGUAAGAAAUAAACUACAUUCAAAUAGAACUGCUUCAACUAGUUCGCAGCUGAAUUCUGAUGGGCAUGAUGGUGGGGAUGUCGAUCAUAAGAAUAAUAAGACUAUACUCAACAUUCACAUAGUCCCUGAAGGUGGAAAUUAUCUUAGUAGGGAUGAAAGUAUGUUGACGUCAAUGGACUUUUCUUUAGAUGGUAGUCCGCCGUCAUCACUGAAUUUGCAUCCUUUGGGUUACGACAAAAAUGAACGAAGGAAACUAAAAAGAGAAGAUGCUGUUCAGUCUAUUUCACCGCCAAGUAAUAAUAGCGGAAAAUUGAGUGAAGAUGUUGAUUCUGUUAAGGAUAUGUUGAUCACUGAUCAUCAAACAGACCAAAAAGAUGACAAGGACGAAAUUACUAAAAAUGACAAUAUAAACAAUCGCCCAGGCAGUGUGGAUACUUCUCCGACAACCAGUUUAACUAUUGAGACCGUUAUAGAAGCUCAUAAACUAAUGAAUCAAGAAAGUUCAGAUGCAGACUCGGAGGUACCCAUUAAAAAUGUUAAAGGGACUUUAACAAAGCAAAGUUCUGAUGAAAUGGAUGUAGUUACUCCUUUUGAAGAUAAAAUUACGUUAGCAGAUUCAACUAGCACCUCAAAAUUGUUGCAUUCUGGGGAGUUUCACGACGUUGUUCUACCUACGAAGGUGUCUAGGGGUGAAACAUCUGUCGUCAGUGGUGAGUGAAGACAUCUAUUUAUCAGAAUUCAAGAACGUGUUGGUGUACUUUCUGCUAUGGAAUAACUCUUAAUAAUGAAGAAACUGCAACUACAUUAUUUCGUGUUUUACUAAUUCUAACAGAUGUAGAUAUUUUUUAAGUUCACUAUUUAAAUUUUUACAAAAGGUAUAUAUAAUAAGGUAUAAUGUUGCAUAUAUUUGAAUUCAAUUAAAUUUACCUUAUUUAGAUCUGA